AUGUGGAGAACGACGGUGUGGAUCGCCGUGCUGGCCGUGGGCUUCGUGCCGCUUUUGGCGGGGUUUUCCGACACAUUCGACGAAGAACUUUUUAUCAAACCCCUUCCGGAUAGGUUCGUGUACAGCUACUUCCAGUUCACGACCCGCUGGGAACUCGGCGUCAAUGAUAGUCUGCUCCACACCAAUCUGGUGGCUCGCCCGUUGGCUGAACUAUUCCAUCACUUCGGCGUGCAAGAGCUCCACUUGAGCUUCACGUACGGCCUGUGGCGAUACGAAACCUGGGGCUACCCGGUAACCGAUGCUGGCCCAGGAGCCGAAGUCUGGGCGUGGUUUGAGCCUUCGGAUCAGCGUUCAUCGUCGAUCGACGAUCGGUGGAAGAUGCUCUGCGGAACGCUGUCGGGUCUCUUCUGUGCCUCGCUUAGUUUCAUCGAUCCAAGCAACACGUACGAACCGUUGCACUCGCUGAGACCACAAACCCACCGCUUCCCCGGACAGCCGGAGCCGAUUCUACGCUAUGCGGUUUUACCACGGGAAAUUGUUUGCACGGAAAACUUAACACCCUGGGCAAAGCUACUGCCGUGUCGGUCCCGGGAAGGAAUGGUCUCGCUUCUGGUUCCCGAUAGCAUCUAUGCGAGCAACUAUCACUCGCUGGGCGUUCACAUCCGCAAACUGUGUGCCGAUGCCGAAUGUAGCCAGUUCCAGCUCGAGGUGAAACAAACCGUAAAUGUGGUGCAAGAUUUGCGGUUGUUCGGAGGCCCGAACUGGUCCAUCCGGAAGUUGUUUAGCCAAGGCAUGGAAGGUUCCUGUGCGCUAGCCACAUCCAGCAACGUGUACCUGGACGUGACGGACAGCAGUUACGACGUGUCACAAAAGGCCGACGCGACGAUCGUGUCCCUGCGAGGAGGGGCCCGUACCGUGCUUCAGCGUUACGACGUGAAACAGUUCGAAGCGAUUGCGGCAAGGGGUCGUCGGGCGAUGUUUAACGUGGCGGUAAUGGAUAAGCGCGAUCCGGGGGUGAUUGUAGUGGCCGGACCACCGCCCAUCUACGCGAAACGCUACAUACUGGGUGUUGGUCAGGAGCGCGGCAAGAUUGUGACGCAAAUCACCAACAACCACUGGGGCCCGCUGGAUCUGGUGGUCUUCGAGACCAUUCCGUGGUUCGUUCCGAUUUACCUGCACACGCUUACGAUCCGCUACGGUGAGCAGCGCCUGAAACCCGCCUUUCUGCACUACACUCCCGGUGUUCAACGGGAGCGACCGUACGGACUAGAGAUCGGUAUCCGAAUUCCAGCCCGGACCACUGUCGAACUUUCUUUCGAUUUCGAUUACAUCUUUCUCAAGUGGCAAGAGUAUCCGCCCGAUGCUAACCACGGCCACUACAUUCCAUCGUCGAUCAUUUCGCUUCUCCUACCUUCCGCACGGAACUAUAGUUCGGUUCCUCGCGAAGCCGCCCUUUUCCGGCAGUCGUUUAACGCUACCCAGCAGGCCGGUUACUUUCUGCAACUCCGAACCGAAUCGCUGCUUCUUACCCUGCCGACACCGGACUUUAGCAUGCCGUAUAAUGUAAUCUGCCUGGCGUGUACCGUCGUAGCGCUUGCUUUUGGUCCCAUCCACAACAUCUCUACGAAACGGAUCGUAGCGAAGGGCAAAGACACGGGCCGGACGUCGUUCGGGGAAAAGGUGAAACAAUUCUUUCGUCUGAAGGAUGCGGCCGUUGAGGAGGCCGAAGUGGAUGCACCAAACGAGCAGCUGACCGGCGGUGAUGGGAGCGAAGAUUUGAGUGCUCCCGAUACGGAAUAAACGGGCAGAGCGGGUCACUAGUCAGAUUCAGUUUCAUUCCGAAGAAACGGCCUGUUUAA